CUGUAAGACGGGGCUCUUUUGAAAUGGUAUCCAUUCUGAUUAAACACAACUGUAGCAUCCACCAGCCAUGCAUAAAACGUUGGUCAGCAAUGCAUGAAGCUGCAAAACAGGGACGCAAAGACAUAGUUGCUCUUCUUCUGAAGAAUGGUGGAAAUGUGAACCUUAAGGAUGGAUAUGGAGUAACACCAUUAGGUGUUGCUGCUGAAUAUGGUCACUGUGAGGUGCUGGAGCAUCUUAUUCAUAAAGGUGGAGAUGCCCAGGCCUUAGCAGAUGAUGGUGCAUCGAUACUGUUUGAAGCAGCCGGAGGAGGUAAUCCAGACUGCAUAGCCCUUCUUUUGGAGUAUGGAGGAAGUGGUAACGUGCCUAAUAAGGCAGGACUGCUUCCCAUACACAAAGCGGCUUAUGAGGGGCAUUACCUGGCACUGAAGUAUCUCAUUCCGGUCACAUCCCAAACUGCGAUCCAAAAAAGUGGGCUGAGCCCUGUUCACUCAGCAGCAGAUGGCCAGAACUCACAGUGCCUAGAGCUCCUCAUUGAAAAUGGUUUUGAUGUCAAUACUCUCUUGGCUGAACACAUUUCAGAUAGUUACGAUGAUGAAAGGAAAACAGCACUUUAUUUUGCUGUUUCGAACAAUGACAUUCUUUGCACUGAAAUAUUGCUCAAAGCAGGGGCAAACCCAAACAAGGAUCCUUUAAACUGUCUUCUUGUGGCAGUGAGAGCUGGCAACCAUGAAAUUGUAAGGCUGCUCCUAUCUUAUGGAGCAAACGUCAAUUGCUACUUUAUGCUGGUUAACGAUACCCAUUUCCCCAGCGCCAUUCAGUAUGCUUUGAAUGAUGAGGUGAUGCUGAGGCUGUUGCUCAAUCACGGAUAUAAUGUGGAGAUGUGUUUUGACUGUAUGCAUCAAGAUAUCUUUGGAAAUUCUUUUGUGUGGUCAACUCCAGAGGAAGAAAUUCUCCCCGGGUGGACUUCUUCUGUAAUAAAGGAUAAUCCAUUCUGUGACUUUAUUGCUGUUCCUUGGUUGAAACAUUUAGCAGGAAAAGUGGUUCGUGUUUUUAUAGAUUACAUGGAUUAUGUUCCUCUAUGCACAAAAAUUAAGUUUGUUUUAGAAACACAGAAAGAAUGGACAGAGAUACGUCAGAUAUUGGAUAAUCCUCGCCCAUUGAAACAUCUGUGUCGUCUGAAAAUACGUAAACUCUUGGGAUUAAGGAGACUCCAGAAACUGUCAUCCAUGAAGAAGUUUCCACUUCCACCAGUUCUCAAGAACUAUAUCCUAUAUAAAGAAUAUGAUCUCUAUGGAAAAGGGAUACAUUUAGAAUAG